AUGUGGCGACUGGCAGUCGCGUUUCUGCUUUUUGGUACACUUCAAGCCGUUGAUCGGCAGAAUUUCAAAGUUUGUGAUCAAUCCGGUUUUUGCAAGUGAGUUUUUUUUCCAGAAUAAAAUCGAAGAAUGUUUCUUGAAAAUAUACAGAGCCCUUUUUGAAAAUUUGUCAAAGGGUUAAAAUUUUUUAUAAGAUAGAUAAAAAUUUUUAAAAUAUAAUUUUUAUUUGAAAAAAAUUACUGAAUAUAAUUUUUAUUUAAAAAAAAAUUACUUGUUGCUUUGCUUUUGGGACUGUUGAAAAAUUAUUGCUCCACUCAUUUUACUGUAAUUUCCCAAAACAUGACAACUCCCACCCUAUUUUUUGUUUUCAAAAAUUAGGACGGUAAGGUAGAGUUCAUUUCUUUUAAAUAACACACUUUUAGAACUUUUUUUUAACCCAACUUAUAAAUCUUACUUCCUCAUUUCCUGAAAUUUUUAACCCGAAAUUGUUUUCCGAACAAUCAUUGUUCUAUGACUGUACAUCGCUUUUUUUGAGCCAUAUUUUUAUCUAGGUGACCAAUCUGCUCUUCUUCCCCCUUCUCUAUUCUCAACACAUAUUUCAAAUAUAAUCAACGCUAAAACAGUUUAUCUAGAUAACACAUUAACCUUGAAAAUAUAUUAAAACAAGGAUUGUUUUGUUUUUGUAUACGUGUACAUAUAGAACCGGUUUCGUCAUCUGCAAAGGCUUCUUCUUUUUCAUCAAAAAAGUUAUCUAACUUUAGGCGACAUCGUUCAAUUGUCGAACCAACAGGAUAUGAAGUUAUAAAAGACUCUAUCAAAUUAAACGAGACUGGAUUACACGCAAAAAUCAAGAACAAAGAUAACACUUUGAAAUUGAGUAUUGUUGUAUUGAAAGAUUCGACAGUGCGAGUUUUGAUUGAUGAAGAUGAAGGUGCUCUCCGACCAAGAUAUCAACCUUUAGAUGCAUUAGUUAAUCGAGAGCCAGAACAACAAAAAUUGAAGAAAAGCAAGGAAGAGGAAAAUGCUACAAAAUUGUUGACAACUGAUGGAAAUCGUGUUGUUUUGAUUCAUAAACCAUUCCGAAUUGAUUUCUAUGUCAAGGAUAAAAUUGUGAGUUUGAAAUUUGAAAUUAGCUAAAAUUAAAAGGUUAUUUUAUGAAUAAGUUUUCAACAAAUAGGAAAGGUGUUAAGAUUUAUUAAUUAAUAUUUUUAGGUGAACUCUAUCAACUCGAAAGGAACUUUGAAAUUCGAGCAAUUCAAAAAGAAAGUACUUUUAACUGAUAAGGAAAAAGGAUUCUGGGAAGAGACCUUCAAAGAGAUCAAGGACACCAAGCCAUAUGGAUCUUCUUCCGUCGGAGUUGAUAUUGCUUUCGUUGGUGCUAAAUUCGUUUUUGGAAUUCCAGAACACGCGGAAGGAUAUCAAUUAAGAGAUACUAGGUAUUUCCUUGUUUUUCAAGGAAAAUGAUUAGAACAAAAUUAUUUUCAGAACUUACGAACCAUAUAGAUUGUACAAUUUGGAUGUUUUUGAAUACGAAACCAACUCCCCAAUGGCUCUUUACGGUUCAAUUCCAUAUCUUGUUGGAGUGAAUCAAAAACGUUCUGUUGGAGCACUUUGGUUGAAUGCCGCUGAAACUUGGGUUGAAAUUGAGCCAACUACCGCAGAUAAAGGUGCUCUUGCUAAAGAAGUUUUGGAUGCUGAAACUAAACCAAGAAAUGUUCCCCAACAAAAUGCAAGAUUUAUCUCGGAAUCUGGAGUUAUCGAUAUUUUCAUCACUCUUGGUCCACAACCAAAUGAUAUCUUCAGACAAUUGGCUGCGUUGACUGGAGUUACACCAAUCCCACCGGUAAACUUUUUAUCUAAAAAACUAUUUCCUAAUAUAUAAAUAAAUUUUUUUCAGGAGUUCGCCUUGGGCUACCAUCAAUCUCGUUGGAACUACAAAGAUCAAAAAGAUGUGAAAGAAGUUCAUGAAGGAUUUGUGAAAAACGAUAUUCCACUUGAUGUUCUCUGGUUAGAUAUUGAACACACAGACAAGAAAGCCUAUUUCACUUUUGAUAAGGAUAAUUUUGCCAAGCCAGAAGAAAUGAUCUCAGAUUUAGCAGAAAAUAACAGAAAAUUGGUAACCAUUGUUGACCCACAUAUUAAGAAAGAUGGAAAAUAUCACAUUUAUAAAGAGGCCAAGAAAAAUGUAAGAUUUUUUUUUGAUAAUGAAAUUAUUUAAUAAUAUUAAUUUCAGAAACUCUUUGUAAAAGAUGUGAACGGGGACAAUUAUGAAGGAAACUGUUGGCCUGGUGAUUCGAUGUAUGUCGAUUACACCAAUCCAAAAGCAAGAAAAUGGUGGGCUGAACAAUUCGCUUUUGACAAAUACAAAGGAACCGAUAAGAAUGUUCAUAUUUGGAAUGAUAUGAAUGAACCAUCAGUCUUCAGUGGUCCAGAAAUCACAAUGCAUAAAGAUGCCAAACAUCACGGAGGAUUUGAACAUCGUGAUGUUCAUAACGUUUAUGGUUUCUACCAACAUUCAGCAACUUUUGAUGGUUUGAAAGCGAGAAGCAAUAACGAAAUUAGACCAUUUGUUCUCUCGCGAUCAUUCUUCGCUGGAUCUCAAAGAACUGCAGCUGUCUGGACCGGUGAUAACAAAGCUGACUGGAACCAUCUUAGAUAUUCUAUCCCAAUGCUUCUUUCACUUUCUACUGCUGGACUUCCAUUUGUUGGCGCUGAUGUUGGUGGAUUCUUUGGUGAUCCGGAAGAGGAAUUGCUUGUUAGAUGGUAUCAAGCGGGAGCAUUCCAACCAUUUUUCAGAGGACAUUCUCAUCAAGACACUAAACGUCGUGAACCAUGGCUUUUCAAUUCUGUUAGUUUCAUAGAGAUUUGGGAAUUACAUAGAUAUUUUGUGAUCACAACCAAUUUUAUUUUUUAGACAACCACUGACGCAAUCCGUCAAGCUAUCAAAACCCGUUAUGCCUUCUUGCCAUAUUGGUACACAUUAUUUUACGAGCAUGCUAAAUCUGGCAAACCAGUAAUGCGACCAUUCUGGUUGGAAUUCAUUGAGGAUGAAUCGUCCUGGGAUGAAGAUCGUCAAUGGAUGGUUGGAAGUGGACUUCUCGUAAAACCAGUUCAAGAGCCAAGUGCAAAAGAAGUCUCAAUUUAUCUCCCAGGAAAACGUCAAGUUUGGUACGAUUGGCACACACAUAAGGCUCGUCCAUCCCCAGGAGCUGUACAAAUUCCAGCUGAUCUCAAUACUAUUGCUCUUUUCCAUCGUGGUGGAACUAUUAUUCCAAAAACAUCUGAAGUCAAGUUAACCACUAAAGAAAAUCGUGAACAACCAAUCACUUUGUAUAUUGCUGUUAACCAGAAAGGAGAUUUUGCAAAUGGUACAAUUUAUUUGGAUGAUGGUGAAAGUUAUUCAUAUGAAAAUGGAGAUUUUGCAUAUUGGGGAUUCACUUUCAAAAAGUUAGUUGAAUUAUUGAAAUACUAUGUUUUCAACGUAUAUAAUUUUUCAGAGAGCAUGAUUAUUUGCACACCAUUACAAGUACCAAUUUAGACAAAAAAGGAAAACUUGACAGCGAUGUUUAUAUUGAUAAAAUUGUUAUUCGUGGAGCUAAAUUCUAUCCAAGAAACGCUCAUAUCUUCCUUGACGGUAAGCUAAUUCAAAAACAAUAAACCUGAAAAUACCAUAUGUUUGCAGAUUUCAUCCCAGAAGAUCUAGAAUUCGAAUUCAAUCGGGAUAAUUUCUUGAUGGAGAUUGAGAAUCCUGGAGCAUAUGUCACUCGUGAAUUCAAAAUCGAUAUUCACUCAUAA